AGGGCGAAACUAAACACUUACUAAAAGUAAAGGGCUUUAAUGCUCGACAGGUUUAUUACUUCUUCCUCUGUCACUCCAAGUGCUCUGACCAGUAAAAUGCAGCGCCGGCAAGAAACCGAUGGCCGCCGCAGCGUAGUGGUGGAGCUACCACUCGAAGACGACGGCGCAUUCGAUUUGGAAAAAGCAGUAUGUAGCCACGGCUUAUUCAUGAUGGCUCCAAACCGGUGGGACCCACUCUCCAAAACCCUAGAACGUCCGUUACGCCUAUACGACGAUGAUCACGAACAUUGUCUUCUCGUCCGAAUAUCUCAAUCCUCAGAUUCUCCUCAUUGUCUCCUUCUACGUGUUUUCGGUGUUUGCUUUUCCUAACUUGACUAGACCAAGUGUUUGAAUACAAUCUCCAAAAGACGCGUGACAUCUUAAUUUGCCCGUAAUAUUUCCUUCAUAUGACAGCUGACUCAUUAAUUUUGAGGUGUGUUUUGAUAAGUUGUCGGUGAUAGUUUAUUUAAGAAAUACAAACACCUAUCAGUUCAGGUAGCAAACUUUGCAAAAAGGGUCAAGUGAGGCGAAUGCUGAGAUUAUCGGUGGAAGAGAAUAAAAGAGUGAAAGAGUUUCAGGAUAUUUGUGAAGAAGCAAAGGAGAGGGGAUUUGGAAGAGUGUUUAGAUCGCCGACAUUGUUUGAGGACAUGGUCAAGUGUAUGCUGCUCUGCAAUUGCCAGUGGUCAAGGACGUUGACCAUGGCUGAGGCAUUAUGUGAGCUUCAGUUGGAGCUAAACUGUCCCUCGUCUGCUGCAUGUUUUUCUGUUGCUGAUAACCGAAAUCAGUUGAAGGGUGUAACUGCUGCUGAAUCUGAGCAUUUCACUCCAAAAACACCAGCAGGAAAAGAAUCAAGGAAAAGAGCUGGAGCUUAUGGAUGUUCCAGAAACUUGUUGGAGAGGCUUACAGAAGUCGAAGAAAUUUUCGUGGAUGAAGAGAAACCGGAUGUAAGUGUGAGACCCGCAUUUCCAGAUGGUAAAGAGGUGGUUCUACAAAAAAGUGAUCUUUGUCAGGCUACUGCAGAGGUUUGUGAAGUUAGUACAAGUGAACCAUUCAAUUCUGAUCCUUCAGAAGAUGGAGAGCUGAGCUUCAAUAAGCUUGGGAAUUUCCCUAGCCCGAAAGAAUUGGCAGGCCUUGAUGAGAGUUUUCUAGCAAAGCGUUGCGGUCUUGGCUAUAGAGCUGGGCGCAUUAUAAAGCUUGCUAAGGGCAUAGUUGAAGGCAGGAUUCAGCUGAAAGAACUUGAAGAAGCUUGUAGCAACCCAAGCUUGUCCAACUAUGAUAAAAUGGCUGAGCAACUGAGAGAAAUAGAUGGAUUUGGCCCUUUUACCUGUGCUAAUGUACUGAUGUGCUUGGGUUAUUACCAUGUGAUUCCUACUGAUUCAGAAACAGUUAGGCAUCUAAAACAGGUUCAUGCAAAAACCUCCACCACGAUUAAGACAGUUCAAACAGAUGUCGAAAAAAUUUAUGGGAAGUAUGAACCGUUUCAGUUCUUGGCGUAUUGGUCAGAGGUGUGGCACUUUUAUGAUGAAUGGUUUGGUAAGUUAAGCGAGUUGCCUCACUCUCAAUAUAAACUUAUUACUGCCGCAAAUAUGAGACCGAAAAGAAAUGUCAAAUGCAAGAAGUUGAAGAUAACCUCGGCGGAGAAGCUUGGCAUGUAACAUAAAAGGAAAAUGCUGAGAAGCUUGGCAUGUAACUUAAAGAGCUCAGGCAUGAAUGGUUAAUGCUGAAUUUGCCUUUUAUUUUGUUCAUGUAAUUUCCUUUCCCUUCAGGUAAUUUAUUCUUUGUUCUGUACAUGAAUUAGUCUUUCAAUCUUCUAUAGAUUUAUCUAGCAAGAACUGUUUCCUGCU